UAGGACCUUUGCAGGCACUUUGCCAGGAUACACACAGCGGGUACCACCCGAAUAAGUUCAUAGCGAAAAAACUGCCAACUAAGAAAUUGCCGCUAGGCUGCUCACUGACAACUCAGCGAGGGGCUCAUCAGACAUUCAGCAAACAGAAACGUUUUUUGUUUUGUUUUUGCAGUAUUUUAAUGUAAAUAACGAAUAACGAACGCAAAAAUUCUACUCUAAACAAUGUCUAAAACACCAUCAUUCGACAAAGAUCGCGAUUACAUCGGUUUUGCAACGCUGCCCGAGCAAGUGCACAGGAAGUCGGUGAAACGUGGCUUCGACUUCACGCUCAUGGUGGUCGGUGAAUCUGGACUGGGCAAGUCAACACUGAUCAAUAGUCUCUUUCUGGGUGAUCUAUACAAGAAUCGAUUUAUACCAAAUGUCGAAGAGCGACUCGAGAAGACGACGCGCAUUGAAAAGAAAACUAUGGAUAUAGAGGAGCGGGGCGUGCGUCUGCGAUUGACAGUAGUGGAUACACCAGGUUUCGGUGAUGGCAUCAACUGUGAAGAUAGUUGGCGCGUAUGUACCGCAUACAUCGAUGAACAGUUUCGCCAAUAUUUUACAGACGAGAGCGGACUGAAUCGACGUAACAUACAGGAUAAUCGUGUGCAUUGUUGUUUGUAUUUCGUGCCGCCAUGGGGUCACAGUCUACGUCAAAUGGAUCUGGAUCUAAUUAGGCGACUGCAUCGCAAAGUCAAUAUUGUGCUGGUCAUCGCCAAAGCGGAUUGUUUGACCAAAAAUGAGGUGCGUAAGCUCAAAGAACGCAUACUGCAAGAUUUGGAAGAUAACAAGAUACAGUUAUAUCAAUUUCCCGAAUGUGAUUCGGAUGAAGAUGAUGAUUUCAAACAACAAGAUCGCGAUCUAAAGGCCUCGAUACCAUUUGCGGUCGUCGGCAGCAAUACGAUACUUGAGGUGGCGGGCAAGAAAGUGCGCGGACGUCAAUACCCAUGGGGUGUGGUUGAUGUCGAAGAUCCCGAACAUAGCGAUUUCAAUAAGUUACGCACCUUCCUCAUUUCCACACACAUGCAAGAUCUGAAGGACACCACACAGGAUGUACACUAUGAGAAUUUCCGAGCACAAUGCAUCUCACAGAUAUCGCAACAUGCGCUACGGGAGCGAGGCAAAUUGAAGCGGGACUCAAUCAGUUCGGUAAAUGGCUUCGAUGCGGCCAUUUCGGAGACCGACCGAUUGUUGUUGCAGAAGGAUGAAGAGAUACGACGCAUGCAGGAUAUGCUAACACAAAUGCAAGAGAAGCUCAAGCAGACACAUUUGAUGGAGAUGAAGAAGAAUGAUAGUGUUAUCGAUGUUUAAGAGCGGAGAGUGGGUGUGAAAUAUUAAAUUAUUAAAAUACAUGGAAAGUGCACUAAGCCAGUGUGAGUGGAGAUUUAAUGCAUGGAAAAGGGUUCGCAGCAUAAAAUACUUAGAGUGACACGAAGAAAUUACCCCACAAUUUUGCGCACAACAUUGGACAACAUUUAGUAUUUAUUUGGAAAUUAGCCUCGUGGAGCUGAUAGAAAGCACACAUACGCCCACGCAAAUCUACAUGCUAAUAUUAAAAUAUUCUUACAGGAAGUGAAUUGAUUACCAAACGUUGAGUUUUUAGUGGAUUUGAAAGCUAGUCGCUAUCAAGCAACUGCAAAAUUUUUCACACCGUUACCAAGAGAGGUGUCAAGUGGUCUCUUUAAACUAGAUUUGGGCCACUUUCAACGAAAUAUUUCUGGUUCCUCCACUAGUAGGGGUAGUAGGCAAUUUUCUAGUACAGAAUUAAUAGUUUCCCCAGCACAAAGAAUUUAUCCCGUGGUAGAAUUCACACACAAAUAUCAGUGCAUACCAAAAACGCAAACAAACGAACAAAAAAGAAACCAUAUAUAAAAUUAUACGAAAAAUAACGAUCAGCUGAAGAAACAAAAUUUCGAUUUGAAGAAUUUUGAGUACUUCAAAAUUCAGACAAACACAUUCUAGGCCCACCAUUUUAAAAAUAAAAUAAAAUAUUUUAUGUGAAACGAAAAAUCUGGUGUUCGAUAGCGGUUUAUAAAAGUGUUAAAUAGCCACUUACUAAUCGAUUGCAUAUUAGAAGCGAUCAUUUAAAAGUAUUUUCGAAAAUUAUUCAAAAUGAUAUAAUUAAAAAUUUUUACAUAAAAACAGUUCAAAUUAAAUAACGAAGUUGAGCAGUGCACACAUCCAUACAUGCAUUCAAACAGUCUGUGUAAUAAUUGUGCCGCGAAAGCGGAUUAGGCGAUGAAUCGAUUAUGGCUGCUUAGAAAAAUUAUCAAAUUCGAAAUUAACAAAAAGAAAAGUUAAAAUUUGGUGUGUUUGGACUCCUUUAUUUAGGUUAGGUUAGGUUACGCUAUGGUGGUAGUCGGUCUGCACGACCAACUCACUUAGACCUUACAGCUCCCUUGUGAUACCACUGUGCUGCACGGGAACCUCAUUUACCUUCCUUCGUGGAACCAUAUUGUGGCUCUUAUGAAACGUAGUAUUGAUCCCAACCCCACGCCAGCCAGCUCUGUAAGAGAAUUAAAAAAGUAUUUACCUAGACAACCUGCUCUGAUCUUAGCUAGGGCUGGACAAUUUCAAAUGAAGUGCUCAACUAUUUCUUCCUCUUCCUUAUCUCUGCAACUUCUGCAAUAAUUAUGGGAGAAAACUCCUAGUGUUAAGGAAUGCCUGCCAAAUAGCCAGUGACUGGUUAAACAAGCCACGACCUUCGAGAUGCUAUCUCUUGAGAGACUAAGCAGUUCCUUUGUUUUUUUCUUGUUUAUUUGCGGCAAUAGUAGUCUUGCUGGAACCCAAAUAAGGCUAAUCUUGAAUACGACACUAAUAUCAUUUAGGGAUGCCCGGCAUUCCUGUGCAACCUUCGAUUUGAGUAUAAUAACUUACUAAGCAGUAGCUUAAAGAUAAAGAAUUUGAAUUUUUUUUUCUGAAAAAAUAUUUAUAUGGAUAAGAUGCACACUUUUUGAAUUUCGGAUUCCAAUGAAUAAUAUCCGCUUUUAAGGAAUUACUCACAUUUUUCUUAUUUGUUUCUUAAGAAUGGCUUAACAGAAUGGGCAAACUUCUAAGCUUAUUUGAAAUAAAAAUUUUACCGAAAAAUUUUUUUUUGUAAUUUGAAAUUUUUUAUUAAAAAUUAUUAAUUAAUCGUUUUUUAUUACUUUUAAAAUUUUCUGCUUUUCUUAUUAAUUAUUUUUUU